AUGGAUAAGAUAACAGCAAUUGAUUUAAAAGCUGGCCUACACAUAAUUGAAAAACAUCCCUAUGCUAUAUCUGCUUUGGGCGUUGCUUUAUCGAUUAUAGCUCUGAAACAAUCGAUUUCUGAUAGAAAUUCAGUAAAUCGUGUUAAACAAGAAUAUGAGAAUUUAUUGAAAAUGGAUCCAUCUGAUUUUGCAACAUUAGAAAAACACAUCGAACACAUCACGAAACGAACAAAGGAAAUUCGUGAUCAAAUUAUAGCAUUAAAGGAACAACAACUCUAUUCAGGAGUUUAUAAAGCUGUUGGUGCGAUAGCUUUGGCUCCAAUUGCUUAUUUUACAGGAAGUUCUGUAUUAAUGACUAGUAUGACUGCAGCAAGCUUAGGAACGGGAUUGGCGUCUAUAAUUAAUUUUUAUAACUGUUAUGAAUUGGGUCAAAUGAUCAAGCAAUUAGAACAAAAUGGUCUUAUCGUUUAA